CCGAAUAGCCAUCACAACGAUGCUGCGUCCUGUCGCUCGGCGAGGUGCCUCUCUGAGGAGCUGUGGGCUCGGCCCCAGACCCUUGCAACGACCAUUCUGUGCGACACCCUUGCGAUCGCAGCAGCUACCUGGGGAGAAUGAGCGGACCACGCACUUCGGCUUCGAAACCAUUGCAGAAGCCCAGAAGGAAGGAAGAGUUGGAGCCGUUUUCUCGUCGGUAGCAUCAUCGUAUGACACGAUGAACGACCUCAUGUCUCUGGGAGUCCACCGGUUAUGGAAAGACUAUUUUGUCAGAAGCCUCAAUCCCGGCAGUCGGACAGAUCAAAAAGGCUGGAACAUCCUCGAUGUGGCAGGCGGAACAGGAGACAUUGCAUUUCGCAUGCUCGAUCAUGCAACAAACGUUAACCUUGACCUCAAUACCAAGGUCACCAUUGCGGACAUCAACCCAGACAUGCUGGCUGAAGGCCAAAAAAGAGCUUUGCAAACACCGUAUGGGAAAUCUGGAAGGUUGUCCUUCAUGCAAGGCAAUGCAGAAUCCAUGCCGUCAAUCGAGUCCAACUCUGUGGACCUCUACACUGUGGCAUUCGGUAUCCGGAAUUUUACAAACAAAGACGCCGCAGUCCGCGAGGCCUUUCGAAUCCUUAAACCCGGCGGUGUCUUCGCUUGCCUCGAGUUCAGUCAUGUCAAUAGUUCUCUGUUCAACGCUGUAUACAAGAGAUGGAGCUUCGGAGCUAUCCCGCUCAUCGGACAGCUAGUUGCAGGAGACCGAGACAGCUAUCAAUACCUGGUUGAGAGCAUUGAGCGAUUUCCGACACAAGAGGAGUUCAAGGCAAUGAUUCAAGCGGCCGGUUUCGUUACUCCCGGCCAAGGGUAUGAAAACCUGACCGGAGGUAUAGCCAGCAUCCACCGAGGCGUCAAGCCGCUAUGAACACAUUCAGAAACCUUCGACCAAAACGCCACGUGUCGCACAUGAGUUCUAGCGGUGAUGCAGGAAGUUCUCCAGACAUCAUCACUGCUACUCUUAUAUUCUCCCGGCAUGCAACCCUCCAGUCACUGUGAUGUCGGCACCCGUGGUAUAUGAAGCGGCGUCACUCAGCAGAUAUACGGCUGUGCCGGUCAGAUCGUUGCGGUUGCCAAUCCUCCGCAAUGGCGGCGAGGAGUGCAUCAAUUCCACCAGGUGCGGAUGUUGUUCGCGCAACGAUCUACUCAUAUCUGUUUCGAUGAAUCCAGGAGAUAUUGUAUUGCAGCGAAUGCCCUGUGGCGCCAGUUCGACGCUCAGAGCUGUGCUGAGCAUCCUGACCGCUCCUUUUGAGGCAUAGUACGCUGACAGUCGAUGCCCGGGAAUGGCGCAGUGGGCACAGACAGAGGCGAUUAGGAUGAGGCUGCCUCCUGUACCUUGUUGCUCCAUUUGCUUCGCAGCCAUCUGAGCUGCGAAGAAUGUACCAGUAACCUGUACAAUAUGAGCAGCACAACAAGAAGAACGAAAUUCGCUGCUUACAUUUAUAUCCAAAACCCUACGAACCUCGUCCCAUGAUUGUUCUCCGAAGGGCUUGUCAACGCAUAUGCCGGCUGCUGUCACACUGUUUCUGGGAGUUAAUCGAGCUUUCAUGCCUCAUAGAGCACAACCUACCAGCCCUCCAGACUCCCAAACUCAGAAACAGUUUGCUCGAAUGCCUUGGUCAAACUCUCUUCACUCGUGACAUCGGUGUGGAUGUACCUGGCCUUGACUCCAAAGUCGCCUUCCAAGGUGCCAAAGUCUUUCACGGGUGAGUCCAGGACAUCAAGAACAGCUACAUUGCCUCCCAUCUCUGCAAUCGCUCUAGUAAUUCCAUAGCCGAUUCCUCGGCCGCCGCCGGUAAUGAUGUAGUUGCGGCCUUUCAAGUCGAACAUGGGCCGCACGCUUCUCAGGUCUCCAUCAUGGAGUUCGCUUCGUCUCGCGGACGUGGUUGAUAUCCUGGCCAGCUGCGUAGGGCGGCAGACUUUGUUAAUAUUCUUUACGAAGGUGACCCCUCUGUGUGAUAGCAUUGUGGAUGGUGUCGAAAGCGCACAGCCUCUUGCGGUGAAGAGACAGGACUUGCUGAGAGGUUAACUUAUAAUUCUCGGCGGUCUGCCCAUUGACAAAAGGAAACACUUCCCCCAACUGUAUCUUUGGUCGACCGAGUCUCCCCAAGACCAUUCCUUACCUGUAUUUGGGGUCAGAAAAGGCCUGGGACUUAGGGGCAUACUCCGUACGAGAUCGCUGAUUUACCCUGGACGACUACCCCGCAAUUCAUGUCGGCGGGACCUCAAGUGUUACGGGGUACACCUUCCCUGCACUUUGGACCUUCAUCGCAGUACCCUUAUGCCAACGUUAGGCAGAUAGCCUGUUUACAGUAUUCCUGCAUCCUUGCAUCUUAGAG